UACUACGCAUGUGAAGCCGGGUGUAAACACGCGCGUUUUCGUCCAAUAUUUACAACACAGACAGCGAUUUUAAAGAGAAAACGCAUGUCCUGCUUAUAAUGGAAAUGCAGUACAUUUUAAUAAGGACGGUAACAUUGAGUAAUCCGACCUGUCAGUGACUUUAGGAUUGUGAGUAGCGGAUUUAACGUCGGGAGUCCAUAAUAAACACCAUAUGAUGGAAAGUGGGAAUAUUCUGGAUUUGUUCAACAGGGGAAAGCCAGUCAGAGUGUGUGCACCAAUGGUCCGCUAUUCAAAGCUGGCUUUUAGGUCUUUGGUAAGGAAAUAUGACUGUGAUGUGUGUUUCACUCCAAUGAUCAUUGCAGCUGAUUUCAUGCGAUCUGCAAAAGCUAGAGACAGUGAGUUCACCACCAAUAAGAACGACCGACCAUUAAUUGUCCAGUUUGCUGCGAAGGAUGCACAGACGCUGGCAGAUGCCGCAUGUGUGGUUUCUCCUUUCUCAGACGGGGUGGAUUUAAACUGUGGCUGUCCACAAAGGUGGGCGAUGUCUGAAGGCUAUGGUGCAUGUCUGAUCAACAAACCUGAGCUUGUGAAAGACAUGGUUCGACACGUCAGAAACCAAAUAGACAAUCCCAACUAUGCUGUAUCCAUUAAAAUAAGAAUCCAUAAAGACGUCCGUCAGACGGUGGAUCUCUGUCAGAAGGUGGAGGCCGCGGGAGUUUCCUAUAUCACCGUUCAUGGACGCACUGCCAUCGAGAGACACCAGCCUGUUCACUACGACGCCAUUAAAACCAUCAAAGACAGUCUUUCCAUCCCAGUCAUCGCUAAUGGAGACAUCAAGAGCAUGCAGGAUGUAGAGGCUGUCUGUGAACUCACUGGAGUGGACGGUGCCUGAAAUAACAUGACGCUGCAGUGGACGGCGGUUGCAACUUUCCUGUAUAUAGAGAUUGCUGUUCUAAUCUUCUUCUGUCUGCCGUUCAUUUCCGCUCAAAGAUGGCAGAAGAUUUUCAAGUGGAGCAUCUGGAAUCGGCUUUCCCAGUUCUGGAACAAGGGCUUCCUCACCAUGAUAAUAAUCCUCAUCGUUCUCUUUCUUGACGCUCUCCGAGAGGUCAGAAAAUACUCAAACCCGGAUCAGUCCAAAGAUGCCAAGCUGCACCCCAACAUGUUCGACCACAUGCACAUGAAGCUCUUCCGGGCCCAGAGGAACCUCUACAUCUCUGGCUUCUCGCUCUUCCUCUGGCUGGUGAUGAGGAGAGUGGUCACUCUGAUCAGUCAGCUGGCCACGGCUGCAGACUCCUGCACAGAUCUACAGAACCAGGCCGAAACUACCAAUAAAGCUGCCAAGAAGUACAUGGAGGACAACCAGAUCCUCAAACAGGCUCUUGCAGAUGCCAAAGCAGGAGGACAGAAAGCAGAUCCAGAGGAGAGCAAACGACUGAAGGAGGAGCUGCAGAGACUGAAGGAGGAGCUGAAGAGCAGCACAGAUGCUCUGAAAAAGUCAAAGUCUGAUUUAGACGCCAUGAAGAAACAAAGUGACGGACUGACCAAAGAGUACGAGCGGCUGCUUCAGGAGCACCAGCAGCUGCAGAAUCAGCUGGACAGCGGAGAUAAAAAAGACAACUAGAAGAACGGACACACCAGACAAUGUAAAUCUGCACGAUAAUCAUCAUUACGCUCAGUUCAUCCUCAACACACUCACCUGACACUCCUGAUGUAGACAUCACUUCCUGUCAGGUCACAUGAUCAGAGCGGUUUCACAGUUUUUUAGCAUCGUUGUUCAAUAAAAUGUGCAAAACUUCAUUUAGCUAGUCACUGGAGAGAACCUGUUAAAACGACAACUGUAUACCUUAUUUAAUAGUCAUUUUUAAUAGGAAUGGGUUCAAUAAUGUGAACAUUAAUGGGUAUAGAGUUGUUGUUUUAUAGAAACACUCCACCUUUUUGUGUAAAUAGGCUCAUUUUACAGCUCCUCUGGAGUUAAACAGGUGAGUUUUACUGUUUUUUUAAUCUAUUUAGCUGAUCUCUGGGUUUCUCAGGAGCACUUUUAGCUUAGCUUAGCAUAAAUCAUUGAAUCGGAUUAGACCAUUAGCAUCUUGCUCAAAAAUAGGCAGAGAAUUUUGAUAAUUUUUCUGUUUAAAGCUUAACUCUCCUGUAUUUACAUGGUGUACUAAGACUGAUAGAAAUGUAAAACAUUUUUUCUAGGCUUGUAUAGCUAGAAACCACUUUUAGCUUAGCAUACAUCAUUGAAUCGGAUUAGACCAUUAGCAUUGCACUCAAAUGACCAACAAAAUUUUUUUAUUUAAAGCUUGACUCUUCUGUAUUUACAUUGUGCACUAAGACUGAUGGGAAAUGUAAAGUUAUUUUCUAGGCUGAUAUAACUAGAAACCACUUUUAGCUUAGCAUACAUAAUUGAAUCGGAUUAGACCAUUAGCAUCGCGCUCAAAUGACCAACAAAUUUUAAUUUUUAUUUAAAGCUUCACUCUUCUGUGGUUACAUUGUAUACUAAGACUAAUCGAAAAGGUAAAGUUGUUAUUUUCCAGGCUGAUAAAGCUGGGAACUACUUUUAGCUUAGCCCCCAUCACUGAAUCGGAUUAGACCAUUAGCAUCUCAAUCAAAAAUGACCAAAGAAUUUAGAUAAUUUUUCUAUUUAAACCUGGACUUCUGUGUUUACAUUGUGCACUAAGACUGAUGAAAGAUGUAAAGUUAUUUUCUAGACUGAUAUAGCUGGUAACUACCUUUAGCUUAGCUUAGCAUACAUAAUUGAAUCAGAUUAGACCAUUAGCAUUGCGCUCAAAAAUGACCAAUGAAUUUUUUUAAUAGUUUUUCUAUUUAAAGCUCGACUCAUCUGUAGUUACACCAUGUACUUAGACUGACAGAAAAUAGAAAGUUGCUAUUAUAUUUCUAGGAACUAUACUCUUAUUCUGGCUUAGUAAUCAAGGUAUUUUACUGCGGUACCAUGGCUGUAGUGCAAUGAUAUUACGCAGUGCCUGAAAAUAGUUCCCAGCAUGUUCCCUGUGCAAGCAGGUGGUCAUGUUGUUUGUUUUGACAGAAGUUGGCUGAUUAUUAGGCACUGUGUAAUAUAACUGCACUGCACCAGCCAUGGUACUGCAGUAAAGUGCCUUGAUUAUUACGCCAGAAUAAAAGUAUACAAAUCAGACCAUCUAAAAUAGCAACUUUCAUUUUCCGUCUAGGUUUUUCGGCCUAUGUACACAAGACUACAAAAGAGUCAAGCUUUAAAUGAGAAAACUAUCAAAAUUGUUUGAUAAUUUUUGACAUGCUAAUGGUCUAAUCUGAUUCAAUGAUGUAUGCUAAGCUAAAAGUGCAAACCCAGAGAUCGGUUAAAUGGAUUAAAAUGGUGACAGUAGUAGAGCUGUAAAAUGAGCCUGUUUACAAACAGAUGGAGUAUUCCUUCAAGGGUUUUAUGGCUAAUGCUAAGCUAAAGGAACACAUUUUGCACAUUUUUUGUCUUACCAAUGUGUUUACAAGGAAAAAAAGCCAAUAUUGAUUUGUGUUUGUUGCAUGCUGCACUGAUAAACCUUGUUGUUUUCCUUCUUUUUUCUGCUCUAUUUUCUUCCUCAUUACAUCAUGGAUUGAGUUUGAAAGCAGGUUUGUAGUGCAACCGAUAGCCUAGAGGUUACGUACAUCAACAUUUAGCAAUGAUAUGCUAAAUGCACAGAGACCCGGCUCAAGCAACUUUGUUAAUCUCUAUCUGCUCCCUUGCAUUCCUUUCUCUUAUCUAAUAAAGGUUAACAAAAACAA